AUGGACGACGAAGUUCGGAAUUCCGAGGAUGAAGAAGAUGGAGACGGAGGAGAUUGGGGGAGUGAAUCCGAAGACGAAGACAUUCGGAAUUCCGAGGAUGUCGAACCGACCACAGAGUCGGCAGCUGCGUGGCUUGGCAGUCCGCCAAAAGAUCAAGACAAGCUCAGAAAAAAUGCUCAGUCUGAAGGCCUACGACACUACGGCCUCAAGUGCCCAGGGCCGGGAAGGGUUGUUGACGGACUAGUGCUUGGUACGCAGGUGUGCCCAAAUAGCACGAUAAUCUCGUUCGAGACAGGUGUUCUUUUCAGGAACAGGCAUAGGACCCGGCGUAUUGGGAUCAAUAUCCGAUGCAAAUCCUGCCAUGGGCGAUUUAUAUUUAACGAGUUUUUGAGGACCAAUUAUCUGGAAGCAGAUGCUGAUCAGAAAACGUGCAGCCAUAAGAGCUGCCUCAAUCCUGUGUGGGAAGGCUCCAAAUUCCGUCGUGAUCACUAUCUCCAGUGGACUCCAGACCUCUUCUGCGAAGAAAAACCUGCUAUGGAUGAGCUUCGGACUUUGUUCGACAAAGCGGCUUCUGAGCAAUGGUUCCCCGAUACAAAGAUCAUGGCCAAAGUUAUCGAGAGGGUGGAAACCGACGGCAAGGCUAACAUCCCGGCUUCCGAGAUUGUUAAUAUCGACCUGGAAUUCGGUCUAUUUUCCCGGGAGGUGCUCCAAAUCGGCCUCGCCAAUCUCGAAGGAGCGAGAGUACUCGAUUGCCUUACGAGAUAUAGUGAGGAAAUCAUCGCGCCUUCCACGUCGCAGCUCUCUGGACCGGCAACUUGGCCGCAAAAAAAGCAUAAGGACAUGGUCAAAGCCUUUUUUACACAAGAUGGGACCCUUGAUGCAAAGGGGGUCGUUGGAAAACUCCGAGAAAUCGGAAUUUCUAAGAAAACCACUUUCCUGCCUUGGGCGUCCUGGUGCUUCGACCUGUCUUAUUUGAGAGACUGGUUGGAGGCUGAAGGUUUCCACGAUGUUCUCCCCGGGGAUGAGAAUGUCUGCCGGCUUCUCCUCGAGUUCCGGGCUAACGUGAAGAGGGUGAUUGGUAACACCUGCUACCAAAGCCGCCCGUUUCCUCUAAGUCUGUCUAUUCUGUUCCUGGUACUAUUCGGAGAGGACCACCCUCUCUCAGGGCGCAACCACCAUGCGCUGGUGGACGCGCAGCAAUUAGCCCUGAUGGCAGACCUGUUCAUCGACCUUUGUAAACCCCCUCACAAGCGGGUGCGCUGGCAGGGAUCGAACAAGAACCUGGGCUCGUGGAAGAGGCAGCAACCCUUGGAAGGUUUCUUCCCCUCGAUGAGUCCAAACAAAAAGGCAAGGCUUUCGUGA